AUGAGCGACGGCAAGAUUUCCUUCUCGUUUGGCGGCAACGCAGGAGGGUCAAAACCAAAGGCUGCGGCAGCGCCAGCCGCCGCGCCCAUGUCCAACAUGGAGCUGCUCAUGGCCAAGGCUAAGAGCAAGCAGGCGGCGCCGGCCAAGAAGCCCGUCUCGGCCAUGUUCGGCGGCGACGACGAUGACGACGAUGGGCCAUCACGAGCCCCGCCAAACCUCCUUGGUGGACCAUCACGCAAGGGGGCGCAGGGCCAGCCGCCACGACCGCCCGCCAACCUCCUCUCACGGUCUGAACGGCGAGCGCAAGAGGAGGCCAAGAAGAUUGACGCCGCCGUGUUCGACUACGACGGCGUGUACGAGGACAUGAAGGCCGCCGAACGGAAACUCGAGGAUGCGCGCAAGGCCGAGGACGCGGAGAAGAAGCCUCGGUUCAUUGAGAGCGCUAUCGCAGCAGCGCAGACCCGGAAACUCGACCGCCUACGGGCCGAAGAGAAGAUGCUCGCGAGGGAACGCGAUGCCGAAGGUGACGAGUUUGCCGACAAGGAGACCUUCGUCACCGAGGCGUACAAGAAGCAAAUGGAGGAGGUCCGCAAGGCCGAGGAGGAGGAGGCGGAACGUGAGGCCGCUCUGAAACGGAGUAACAAGGGCCCCGGCCUCACCUCGCUCUACAAGUCGAUGCUGGACGAGCAAGCGGCCAAGCACGAGGCGGCCGUAUCCGCAACGCAGGCCAAGCCUGCCACUGGUCCAUCGCUUGCCAUCCGCCCGCCAACAGCAAAAGACGACACAUUCGACGACGAAGAGGAGUUUGACCCGCUGCUGGCGCGGGAGGCCAAGAGCAGCAGCGCCAGCUACAAGGUCGGCAGCUCGGGGAUCAACAGCGCGACGGGCAAGGAGAUGGAGAUCAACGACGAGGGCGAGGUGGUGGACAAGCGGUCUCUCCUCAAGGCAGGCCUCAACAUUGUCAAGAAGCCGCAGGCGGCCAUCCCCAACUCGCUGCUUACGGGCCAGCGGUCCGAGAAGACCAACGAGCCGUACGUCUCGCGCGCGGUCGGCGCGGCGGCAGGGUACCGAGACCGCAUGGAGCGCGAGCGGCGCCGCCUCGCCGACCAAGUGCGCGAGGAGGAGGAGAAGAAGCGUGCCGCGGCGGAAGCGCGCGCCAGGGAGGAGGAGGAGGCUGCCCGCCGCCGUAAAGAAGGCGACGAUGGCGAGGCGGAGCGCAGGAGGCAGGAGGCGAAAGAGCGCUUCUUGGCGCGCAAGCGGCAGCGCGAGGAGGAUGGCGAGGCGGGGAAGAAGAAGCACAAGGAGUAGUAGUAGGGCGUAUACAAAUGCAUGGUUG